CAGAGAGAGAGAGAGAUGAGGGAGCUGGUCUCCUCCUCCACCUCCGCCGCCUCCACCACCGCCACCGGGCUCCUCGCCGCCGCGGGCGGCGCGGCGCUCGGGGGAUGGUGGGAGGACGUCAACGCGUCGCCGGCGUGGCAGGACGGCGCCUUCUUCUCCCUCUCCGCCGCCUACGCCCUCGUCUCCGCCGUCGCGCUGAUUCAGCUCAUUAGGAUCCAGCGCAGGGUGCCCGAGUUCGGAUGGACCACGCAGAAGGUGUUCCACCUCAUGAACUUCGUCGUCAAUGGGGUUCGUGCCGUUGUGUUCGGCUUCCACGUCUGGGUCUUCUUUCUCCCAACAAGAGUAUAUAAGUUGGUGUUGCUAGACCUACCCGGCCUGCUCUUCUUCUCGGCCUACACCUUGCUCGUUCUUUUCUGGGCAGAGAUAUACCACCAGGCUAGGAGUCUCCCCACGGACAAGUUAAGGCUUAUAUACGCAGCUGUUAAUGCCAUCGUGUACAUAAUUCAGGUCUGCAUUUGGGUAUACCUUGGAAUCAACGACAAUCUCUUGGUUGAGCUGGUCACCAAAAUCUUCGUCGUAGCUGUCUCCGCUGUGGCUCUUCUUGGUUUCGCAGUAUAUGGUGGAAGGUUGUUUGUCUUGCUGAGACGUUUCCCCAUUGAAUCCAAGGGGCGGAAAAAGAAGCUUUAUGAGGUUGGGACUGUGACAACAAUCUGCUGUACUUGUUUCUUGAUAAGAUGCAUUGUGGUGGCAGUAUCCGCAUUCGAUGAUGAUGUUUCUUUGGAGGUUUUGGAUCAUCCAAUCCUAGACUUCUUCUAUUAUUUGCUGACAGAGAUACUGCCUUCUGCGCUGGUCCUUUUCAUCCUCCGGAAGCUCCCACCUAAGAGGGUGUCGGCGCAAUAUCAUCCUAUUAACUAGAGGUUUUGUGCUUCUGUAUGGUGCUAUGCUAAGAAUAAUGGAUAAACUUGAAAUGUACAAAAACUCUACACGUGUGGUGCUAGUAAAAUGUUGAUGUUUGAGCUGUUU